CCUGUCUCCGCACCUUGGUGUACACACCUAUAAAACCCGAGAGGCGGUGUUGGGUUAGAGUACUUCAUUCAACAACAUUGCGUGACGAGGAUUGCUCCCUUAUAGAUAAAAUGGCCAAGUUCUAUUUUGUGGCCGUGUGCAGCCUUCUUGCUGUUCUAUCCCACAGUACACUCGGGAAUGCAGCAGAUCCGUGUGAUCAAGAUCCCUGCCAGAAUACAGGGACCUGUACUUCAGGGACCAACUCUACAGGAACAAAUCCCCUUUCGAGCGGCUACCAGUGUACCUGUCUAAAUGGCUACACGGGAACAAACUGUGAAAUCGAUUUAUGUGCUAACGCUUCUUGUCUGAAUGGAGCUACCUGCCGUCCUCGAGCUUCCAGUGACGCGGGAUAUAUCUGCAAGUGCAAAAAGAACUUCAUUGGAAAGCACUGCGAGAGAGAUGCUGACGAUUGUGCGAAUUCCCCAUGUGGUCCAAGUGCUACAUGUACGGAUCUUGUUGGAGGGUAUGAGUGCGAAGUCGACUUCAGCUCCCAGGUCAAUGUAUCUUGUGAUGGAAGAGAGAUGACGAUCACACUGAAUGCAAGUCUUCUAGAUGACGGGGGUGAGCCUAGCUCCCUCCGUCUGAACAAUGAUAGGCCUACCUGUACUGGUGUCUUCAUACAAGAUGAGUCUAAGAUCCAGCUGUCUACCCCAUACCAGGAUUGCGACACAAUGGUUGAGGAGAUUGGUGACAACAUUAUAUUCUCCAACACAGUACGUCACACGGAAAAUGUAAUCACCACACACAAUUUUGUUGAACUUCCUGUGGAAUGCAUUAUGAGAAAGAAAGAAACUGUCCACGGUCCGUUAUAUCGAAUCAUACGUGAUACACCUGCUAAACUAAUCCAAGGACAUGGUCAGUUUGAAUUGAUGUUGGAGCGAUACAGCAAUGAAAAUUUCGAUGCUCUCCCAUCUUCUGAAGACGUCCGUAUCCGAGAUAAAUUGUACUAUGCUGUCUCCCUAAAUUCGUCAGCUGACAUAAUUACUGUAUUGCUUGAUUCUUGUUGGGCUACACCUAGGUCGAAUGAUGACGAUACACCGCGAUAUGAUCUCAUUGUGGACGGUUGCCCCGUCGAUCACCAUCCACCUGUGGAAAGGUACACGACUCUGGGACCUCUCAAACAAGGAUUCACCUUCCACGCGUUUGGAUUUGUCGGUCAUUCUCAGGCCUAUGUCCACUGUGAUGUAACCGUGUGCGUUACUAAUGCUGACGGUUGUCGACAAGGUGCCUGCCCUGAGCGCAUUCGACGUAGCCUCCGUGAUGUACCAAGUCUAAUGAAACGAAAAGAGUUGCACUCGCAAGCAUUCGUAUUUUCUGAGCAUUCUCGGGACGGACUUUAGACAUGAUCGAAAUAUUUGAUGUCAGGCCUAGUCCGAAGGUCCAUGAGACCAGAUGAUUUGCUCUCGCUAGCCUUCUUAUUUUCUGAGCAUUAUCGGGCCGGUCUUUGGACUAGAUCGAAGUAUUUGAUGUCGGGGUUUAUUCUCAAAGUUUGAUGGCCUGAAGGUCCAUGAGACUGAAAUAGUCAGAUUAGUAUAGUUCGUGAUUAUCCUGAUCUUCUCGACAUUUGAUU